AUUCGUUUUCAAAACCUGGCGCUUAUUGGCUGAGAGCGCGACUUCCUCCAGCGUCCCAGCCACCGCUCUGUCCUGGCUUCCGGCUCCGGCUUGGAGCUCAGUGUUAAGAAAGUGGGUGUUCUGCGUUAGUGUUUAGGUAGGUUGUUUAGCUGUCGCCAGCCUCAGGGUCGCCAGUAACUAGCCAGUUCUUUUAUUCAUACGUUCAUCCUGCUGCCAACAAUAAAACUCGACGCGGAGCGAUUAAAUCGACCUAUGCACAGUCUUGCAUCUGCUCUAUCAGCAAUUCCGGCUACUGUUACACCACCAUUCUGACUUUUAAACAGAAGCCGUCGGGCUUCCGUAACGCAAGUAAAUAGAGUCAACAAGCAGAACUUAAGCACUGGAUAUAAUGUCUCCAAAUGCUCACUGAUCGCUGCCAAAGAUAUUGCCUACGCUCAAGUGACCUAAGUGUGGUCGUGCACGCCGGAAUCCCAAUGAUAUGAAGGUGGAGACAGGCGUUAAAGGCCAACCUCAGCUGCAUGAGACACUGUCUCAUAAAUGAAAAUUUAAAAAGAAGCACAGGCUCUAGUGUGAGAUAACUGAGGACAAUCACAAUUUAGUGAAAUGAUCUGACAGUUUCUAUAUGGCUAAAUAGACAGUCGAUGAGUACCUUAAGACUAAGAACCUGAUUAUUCUGGUGGAGCAGCAUGCAGCCUCUGCUACUCUUAAGACUGAGGCUGUAGGAUCACAAGUUGAAGGACACUCUGAAGAGCUAAUGAGACCCUAUUUCAUAAAGUAUUUCAAAAAGAAAGGGGGCAGUUUUAAAGGAACGUCCAAAGAAAACCAAAGGAAACACAGAUUCUUGCUGAGCCGGGCUGGAGGAAGAGGCAUCGGAGUUCUUUUGUCUUUAGAAUGAAGUUGGCAACCCGAUUCCCAGAGGACAAUGCAUAUGAGAAUAUGCAAGAGUCUCAGGAGACUCACAUGUCCAGCCACCUGGAUGAAGUCAUUGCUGCUGUCAGCGUCACUUCUAAAAACAGGCUCUCAAAUAAGCUGCUUCAGACAGCACUGUUCCAGCCCCCUCGAGAGAAACUCCACCUGUGUGAAGAGAGAGCGAAGUCCUACUCCAGCAUCCGAGAGUACAAGCAGGCCAUCCAGGAGCUUGUGCGCUGUGUGGCACUAACGAAAAUUUGCUACGGCGACUCGCAUUGGAAACUAGCAGAGGCAUAUGUGAAUCUGGCUCAGGGUUACCUCCAGCUGAAAGGGUUGUCACUACAAGCAAAGCAGCAUGCAGAAAAAGCCAAAGAAAUCCUGGCCAACUCCAUGGAGAGUCCCUAUUACAACAAGACAGAUAUCUUCAAGUGUUCCCUAGAGCUUUUCUAUACGCUGGGGAAAGCCCUGGUCUCCCUUCAAAAAUUUAAAGAAGCCUGGGAGAACUUGAUAAAAGCUGAGAGACUUUCCAAGGAGAUGCUGCAAUGUGGGAACAUUAUAAAGGAAGAGUGGAUAGAAAUCCAAUCUCGGAUCAAGCUGUCGUUUGCACAGUUGUAUCAAGGUCAGAAAAGAUCAAAAGAAGCUUUCCCCUACUAUCAAAAGGCUUUGGAAUAUACUGAGACUACCAAAGAUGAAAAAAGUUUUGAAUGUGCACAAGUACUGAGGGAAAUGGCAGGCGUGGAGCAAGCCCUGGCACUCCACGACGCCUCCAUCGGUCAUUUCUCACAGGCACAUCUCAUCAUCCUGAGUAAAGAACCCUCCCCAGAGGAUGCUGCAGACUCUGCACUCUCUAUUGCCCGGGCUGCCGUUGCUUCUGGGAUGCACGACCACCAUGAUGUGGCCGAGAAGUAUUUUCAGGAAAGCAUGACUUACCUCAAGGAUUCCGAAGGAACAGAAAAAGCCAAGUUCCUUUCGAUUCAAGAUGAAUUUUGCAGUUUUCUGCAAACCAUUGGACAAAAAGAAAGAGCGGCCAUGAUCCUGAGAGAGUCCCUGGAAGCAAAAAUAGGAGUGUUCGGUGACUUCAGUCCUGAGGUGGCAGAAACAUACCGGAUCCUGGGCAGGGCAGACCUGGCUCAGGGAAACAACAACGGAGCGCACAUGAAGCUAAAGAAGUGUGUCCAGAUUGAGACGUUCUUGUAUGGAUCACAGGACAAGAAGACCAUGGCCACCCAGCAAACCAUAGACACGCUGUCCAAGAUCUCCGAGACUCCCGUGAAGUCAAAGCAAUCACUGAAAGCCAAGACAGCGUUCUGCACCAGUGUCCCCCAGUACGUGACGCCAGGGAAGGCCAGGCACAGUGCGGCAGAAUGAUGCCCCCAUGUGCCGCCCCCCAAAAAAAGCUCUGAGAAAGAGCUUUUUGGCAUUGCUUUUAGGAUGCUAAGCAAACCUCUCUCCAGCCAGAAGGUGGAGUUUAGCAGUCACUGCAGAGUUUUAAGGCUGUUUGCUUCAGAAUGCAAUGGCAGUGCCAUGAAUCUCCCACAUCCCAACUGUGAACGCCCUUCGGGUGGUUCCGAGCUUUGGUUAUUUUCUAUCACCAAGGAGAUUUCCCCCUAUCAUCUCUGUAUGGCUCAAACACUCUUCUGAAGUUGGAGCUUCUCCACAGGAGAGGAGACCCACCCAACGCCGGGCAGGGCUCCUGCUCAAUCCAGAGCCACAUCUGGGGCAGUGAGACCCUGCACAAAGCCUUCCUUAUAGGAAAUUAAUAGUAACUAAGAAGAAAAUACCAAUAAAGAGAAACUUGUUCUGG